UUGUGCUAUAUUUUAUAUUUCAUUCUAUUUAUCUUCUGAGUUCUGGAACUGAUAAGUAAGCCUAAAUUCUUUAAAUAUUGAGAAAAAAGAUGUCGAAAAGCACUUGUUGCUCGAUAUGCCGUUGUACAAACAGAAGAACUGAUAACAUUUAUGGCUCAAUUCUGCAGUAUGUUUAUCAGACUCUCGCUAAGAUCGCAGAUGUUGAGUGCUGGGUGUGUUACAUCUGCCACACCAGACUGCGACAAUGUCACCAGCUGCAGCAGUUGGCAGUACAGACACGACAUGUUUCUGAAAUUCUUGUCCACAAUAAGGUUAAGGUUGGAGUGUAUAGAUCAGUCUUAGAGCUAUCUUCAUCUAAAACUAUGAUUAUAUCAACAACAGAACCCUCUUUAUAUAUAAAACAGGAGUCAGAUGUGAAGAAAGAAGUUUGCAGUGACAAUGAAAUUGAAGAAUUCGAAGGAAACGAAGUAGAGAAUAAAACUAAUAUCAAAUCGGAAUAUGCACCAACAGAAAAGGUAGAAAUUACUGUUGAGGAGGUUAGUCAGAGUGAAAUUGAUGAAUAUGACCAAUAUCCCACAACAAGCUCAGUCAAACAAGAAAGAGCAGAAAAUAUAAGAGAUGAAGGUGUGGAUCAAAUCAAACAAGAGGCAGAUAAGACACAAGACGCCUGCGAAGCUGAGGCCAAGGAACCGCACAAAUGUGAUAUCUGUUCUAAGAGGUUCCUGACCAAAAGCCUACUUGUCACUCACUCCAGGACACACACAGGAGAAAAACCAUUAGGCUGCGAUGUUUGCUCCAAGAAAUUCACACGGAAGCGUCAGUUGAUCGUCCACAAACGAAUACACACAGGUUUCACACCAUUCACCUGUGAUGUGUGCUCAAAGAGCUUCUCGCAGAAGUAUUACUUGAAACGUCACAUGUUUAGUCACUCUGAGGAUAAACCACACUUCUGCGACAUCUGCUCCAAGCAGUACAAACGGUUGUUGGAUUUGCAGCGGCACCUACUCACUCAUUCGGACACAAAAAAUUUCAUCUGCGGAGUAUGUUCAAGAAAAUUUACAGAGAGGAGAUAUUUAGUGGCACAUAGUUUUGUACACACGGGCAUAAAAAAAUACACCUGUGAUAUCUGUGCCAAGAAAUUCUCAGCGAAAUGUGGUUUGAAUCGACAUAAAUAUAUUCACACGGGCUACAAACCUUACAAUUGUGAUGUAUGUUCAAAGUCUUUUUUGAGGAGGCGUGAAUUGAGACUUCAUAUUCAGAUGCAUACCGGAGAGAAACCGUUUAGCUGUGAUAUAUGCUUGAAGAAAUUCACACGUAAAAGAAAUAUGGAAGUGCACAGAUUUUCACAUACGGGCGAUAAGUGUUUGUUGUAAUAAAACAGUUCAAUACAUUUAA